UAAAUUCACCUAGCGGGAAAAAUGAAUUAAUACGGACACCGGAGCGUCCUACUGAGAGACACGCACUCAGAGAGAGAGAGAGAGAGAGAGGAGGCUUUCUUUCGUUCUCUGUAAUGGCGCCCAAGAAACGAAGCGGCAAGCAGCAAGACCCAGAGAAGCCCGAGUUGCAAGCGAGGGUGACUAGGAGCUCGGCCAAGCGAGCGGCCAGCGCGGGCUCGGCUGAGUCGGAGCCCGAGUUGCCGAAGAAGAAGACGAAGGAGGCUGCGAAGAAGGAAGAAGAGCACGAGGAAAAAAAAACCGUCGAGAUUGAUCAGCCGGAGCCCGAGUUGCCGAAGAAGAAGGCGAAGAAGGCUGAGAAGAAGGAAGAAGAGCAAGAGGAAAUAAACUCGGAGCCGAACGGGAAGACCAUCGUGAUUGAGCACUGCAAACAAUGCAAUUCAUUCAAGACAAGGGCUAUACAGGUGAAAGAAGGUUUGGAGAAGAGUGUUGCUGGUAUCACAGUGCUGGUCAAUCCUGAUAAGCCGAGAAAGGGGUGCUUUGAAAUACGGGAGGAAGGUGGUGAGAAGUUCAUCAGUCUUCUGGAGAUGAAGCGACCAUUUAAGCCAAUGAAGGCUCUGGACAUGGAAAAAGUCAUAUCUGAUAUUGUUGACGGGAUCAAAUGAUGACCAACCAUUUGCAGGUGGAUUUUGGUGAUUGGAAGUGAGUCAUUUUGUUGUAGUGCAUGAAGGGAACCAUGCUUUUUUUUUUUUUUUGGUGGUAGAAAACUUACUAUCAGCGUAGGAUGAUCUGUUGCCAUUUGAUCUGUAUCAAUAGUAACACUGUUAAGAGUAUUGACAGUGUGUGAUGAUCCAUACAGGUGCAUUUAGGUUAUUGUUGUACCUGCCCUUUUUUUGUUACUGCUUGAAGGGCGAAGUUGUGUUGAUAGUAAAAGAAAUAUCAAAAUCAGAUUUCCAAAGAUUUUGCUUGUUAUCUUUC